GUAGGUUAUGUUUAAAUAAACAAAUUUUAUAUAUUUUAUCAUUAAAAAACCACUGCAAUGGAUCCGGACGCGCCGUCUCCGAAACGAUCGAGCAAAAAAUCCAAAUCGAAGCGCUCCAAAGUGGUCCUGUCGGAGGACUCCUCCAACGAUCUAGUGAUCGUCGACGAGGGCGUUCCGGCGAAGAGCAAACCCCCCGUCACGUCCAAGAACUCCCCGAUCCCCUCGAGCUCUUCGAACGCCGGUAAAAAGCGCAAGAAACGCGACAGCGCCUCCAGCGACGAGGAACGCUGGUUAACCGCCAUAGAAUCCGGUAAAUUAGAGGAUGUCGACGACGAAUUGAAGAAAAUCAAGCCCAAAGAUCCUGCCCUAAUGACAGCGAGGCAGAGGGCCAUGUACGAUCGAGCAGGCGAAGGCGCUUCGAACGUUUCUACGCCUACUCUGAUGUCUCUACCGACCGGUUAUAAAGAAAAAGUGAUGACGGCCGAAGCCAUUCAAAAAGCGGCCAUAAAAUCGUUGAAACGCAAACAACUAGCCGACGAGAAGCGCGAGAAGGACAAGAAGAAAACGAUGGAGAGGCUGCUGAAGAAGCAAGACUCGAAAUCCGGGAAGCAAUCGAAACCUAAGACAGUUCGAACUUCGGUGCCUUGUAUUUUGUACAAACAGAGCUUCGGGGAGACGAUUAUGGCGAUUCCGGAGGGAUACGAUUAUCCUCUGAGGCCCCAAAAGGCUCGCAAACCGUUCAAGACAGUUUACUGUAGCAUGGGUUGUGGAAACGUUAAGAAAUAUUCGUGUUCUCGGACGGGAGUGCCCCUGUGUAGUUUAGACUGUUACAAAAAUAAUAUAUCUAGAGUAAUAUCUUAAUUAAAUAGAGGAGUAAUAGAAAUGUUCUGAAUAGUAGAAGAAACGAAGUAAAUAUGUUAUAUUAUUUAGCAA